GGCUCCUCCCCCUCGCCGGGACCGCCGCGACGCGCAGCAGCGACCGUAUGAUGUCCGCGCGCCCGCCGAGGCGAAGGGGAACCGACGCGUCCGCUCCGAGGGAAUAACCGUCCGCGUGAACUCGGUGAAAGACGCACAAUGGACGAAAAGGAACAGUUUGUGAACAUUGAUCUGAACGAUGACAAUAUCUGCAGUGUCUGCAAGCUGGAGACGGAAACAGGGACCUUAUCGUUCUGCCAUGUUUGCUUUGAACUCAGCAUUGAAGGUGUCUCCUCUGCAACCUUGUUGCAUUCAAAGUCCUUGCGUGGCCACAGAGACUGCUUUGAGAAAUGUCAUCUCAUUGCCAACCAGAAGCUGUCACGUUCCACGGUCUCCCGAAGUUCCUACGAGGGCAUGAAGCUGGCCCUCAGCCAGAAACUGAACCGCAUCAUCCAGUACGCCCAGAACAAAGACUCUGUCUCUUCCAAUGGCCUCGGCAGACGGGGGACCAAGCUUCUUUGUUACAGCCAGCAGAGUGACCGCAAUCUGCUGCCCCAGUCAGAUGCCCAGGUGCCCCGCUACACGCCCCACUGGGACAUGGGCAAAGCAACAGGACUGCCUGAUUACGCCAUGGGGAUGUUGGAGUGCCACACAGUGGAGGACCUCGGGCUGCUGCAGGAGUCACAAUCUGACGUUUGGCCCUGUGACAGCAGGAGAGGACUGCACGGGCGGAACCAGCCAUCAGGAGGGGGACAGACGCAUCACAGACACCAGGGUCACAGCAGAGAUGAAUUGACUAAAAUGAGUGUGGACGAGCUCCAUCAGCUAAAUACCCAGCUACUUAUGCAGAUUCAAAAGGUCUUCGAGGAGCUGACGGUGACCGUGCAGGAGAAAGACUCGUUGGCAUCAGAGCUGCACGUGCGUCACAUUGCCAUCGAGCAGCUCUUUAAGAACUGUGCCAAGCUGCCCUGGCUGCACAUUAGCCGAGCAGGGGUCAAGGCCAGCAGCAGCAGCAGCAGCAGCAGCAGCAGCAACAGCAGCGGCAGCCCCGUGGAGUGAGCUGCAAAUCGUGGGAGUUGUGUCUCUGCUGCUGGGAGGAAACACUUCAGCUUGCUGGCUGGAUAGAGGCUGAAAAUGCCUUUAUGAACACUCAGUGACUUCUGUGACACUGUGGUUACACUGAGCUGAUUGAUUGAGGGCAGGGUUGAGAUGGACUCUGUUCAUGUGCUUGUAGUGAUGAUACAAGAAUAAAUGGUGGGGUGCCGUUUAAAACAAGUCGCUGGUCUGACGUUUGACCAGAUCAUCAACCAACCCAAGUACCUUGGAGACAUGUUGAUACCAGGUGGGGCUCAAAUGUUCCGGCUCCAGUACAUGAUAACCACAUGUCCUUACAUGGUCUUUAAUGAAUUACUUUUAAUGUUAUCUUCAUGCGGACUAAAAUAUGUUGUCUAUAUACUUUUAAACAGAUACGUUCUGUUGGUUUGAUUGACUUUUAUUUAGUUUGCUGUCAACCAUUUCUGUUUUCAUUUCACUUCAUUCUUUUUAGAUACUUUUUAAAAGUUUUUUUUUAAUGAAUAUUCAAAUAUGGGUUUUAACACUGUAACACUCCUUCAUAGGUUAUCUGGUGGUUUUCUGUUGAAAGAAGUUCACCAGUCAGAAGUGAGUUAAAUUUUUUCAUGGGCAAGGCAUGGGCAAAUACUCGAUGCACAUGAGGUGGAUUUGUGGUUUCCACCAUAUUCAUACCAUCGGGCACUGCCUGCACUUGUGUUUAAUUACUGAGCUUAUGUGAAGCGCUUAAAAAAAAUCAUGAUAUUGCACCCUGAAAAGUUGAUGUUGGCAGUUGGAUGUUUUAUAAAUCCGUUGGAUUUAACAGCAGUUGACUUUAUCGGCUGGAUAAAAAGCCAAAAAGAUUGGCUGCUUUUCCUUAAUACAUAAUACAAAUAUAGAAAACACUGAAAAUUUGUGACACAAAAUGUAAGCGACUGAAAUCAAGUAGUAGUUUGGAAAAGAGCAGGAGUAAGUGCAAGACCCCACCCAACAGUAGCCCACGGCAUCACUGCAACAAGACAAAUCAGAGUGUGAAAUGAACUCUAUUAGCUGGGCAGGUUUCUGAUUGUGUAGGUUAUAAAUAUUUUGGGAGUGUCUAUGAACUUACACUGGCUGGCCGCAUGUAGAAAUAACAGUUAAUAUGCCCUCUUCGCAGCUUAAAGAUGAGCGAUAUUUUGUUUUGCGCUUUUGGGUUUGAAUAACUAUUACUGAGCUUUACUUGAUAUUUAGUAGAGAGCUGCUUGUUGUCCGCAGUAUAGCUGUGAAGCACAAGUCCCAUGUUCAGCUAUACACUGAACAAGAGCUAUUGGAAGAUGAAACUAUUAAGAGAUAAACCCAGCUGCCAAACCAAAGUCUGUAUUUGUUGUGAUUUGCGUGUGAAUUUUAAGCGUUUGACUUGGAUCAUGUUCACAGAGAAAAAUGCAAUACCAAACUGAUUGAAUAUGUGGCUUAGUGUGUUUGUGUGUUUGGUUCUGUGUGCGUAAUAACGAACCAUAGGUUUUUACUCCAGGUGUUGAUGUGGAAAUGAUUUGUUCUCAAGUACAAGUGUUUGCAUUUUAUGACUCAAAUUAUUUAUCUUUUUAUCACGUUCAGCGUUAACUUUUGUCGCCCUCCCUCCUGCAUUGAAGAAUGAGAGGCCGAGCUGAUGUCACAGCAAUACAGAAAGGACAGUUUGGCCUCCUGUGCCUCUGGAAGUCCCUUCUUUUUGAACAAAGGAGACACAGAAGGACGUGGGUAUUAACAGGUAUUAACUGCCUGCGGUUGUGAUUGGUUAAUUAUUCAGGGAUCCUAUGCAAGAAAGAGACAAAUAAAUCAGAAGCCUUAUCAAGUAGAAAUGAUCUAAAAUAAUAUUGGUUACUGAGUUUUUCUCAGAAGAGGUCAGAGCUAUGUGCAAAUAAAUUUGCUGGUUAUAAUCAGAUGAUAUUUAGAAACACAGCAUUGUCAGUGUAUCUCUUUGCUCUCUCUUUGUAAGAGAUUAAAUGUAUUUGACCCCUUUAGGGUUUCAAGUUAAAAGUUUUAGCUCCAUUUUAAACUUCUGUCUUGGUUUUAUUUUGUUGACUGUAGUUGGUGUGCUUGAGUGUUUGAGAGUAUUCAGAUUACUGGUCCUUGACGCAAAUAUCCAGUUGUGUGUUUUCUGUUAGUGCUUUAAAUAAGAAUGCUGUGUGGUUGUGUACUGUGGAAACAUGCCUGGGCCUGUGCCUCUGCUCAGCAGCUGUCUGUGUUUGGUCUAUUUUCUCACGAUCUUUUACCGGAGAUGUAGACAUACCUGUUUUGUUUGUUGAACAAGGCUUUUUCAUUUGUGUUGUGUGAUGUUUUAUAUUCUAUUUAUUGUGUGUGUUCAUGGACAUUACACAGGCUGUGUGGUUUGUGCUUAAGCGACUUUGUAUUUUUUGUAAAAUAUUCCAAUAAAUGAAAAUAUUUUUACUACA